AUGGAAGAUGGCUGGAGAUAUGCUGCCCAUGACAAGCUUGGGGCCGAGGAAAUAUCUCCCCCACGGCGCUCCAAAGAUAACGUCGCACUUCCCCCAUACAUAGCCUUUCAGUUCACUUCCAUCUUAAUGGAGAAAGUGCUUCAACCAUUAAGUCGAGAAGUAUUAAAAGGGCUCGAGGUGUUGGCUAUGAAAAAUCAACCCAGCAACUGGUUUACCAUCUUCCUUGUUGUCUUCAUUCCGAUGCACAGUUUUGAGCCCAUUCUCAAGCACGAGGUCGACUUUACAAAGCGACGUCAGCAUCCGGUACUACGACAUGAAGCUAUUCGUGGCUAUCAAAUCAGCGCCAAAGGUUUGCUCGCACACUUCCACUACGAGAACAAGGACAAAAUUCCGUUCUAG